AUGUGUCGCUUAGCUACACCUGUCAGUUUAGUUGCCGUGAAUGACAGUAUGAUGACAUUUUAUCCAGUGCACCAUUUGCUUCAUUAUACAGGAGGCGGCAGCAGCGACUGUGGAGUGUCCAUCUUGAACAGCUACUGGGCGCUGACUACAGCCCGUUGCAUCAUCGACGGCGCCGUCCAGAAUAUGCGACUCCGAGCAGGCAGUUGGAGCCGGGGCAGCGGCGGCUACGUGCACACCGUCAAAUUGGCCAGACGGCACAGCUACUACGAUGGCCACGACUACGACGUCUGCGUGCUGCGCGUGUUGGAGCACUUCGUCUUCGGUCCCGGAGUGCAGGUCAUAUCCGUCAGCUGGAACGAGACGGCAGCAGCGAGCCCCGCCACGGUCGCCGGCUGGGGCGCCACUUCCCCUGACGGCGGCCUUCCCUCUGAACUCCGGGCCAUCGAUAUCGAAAUCAUAGACACCGCCGUGUGCAAUGCCACCUACGGCAAUCUCACCAGACACAUGAUCUGUGCCGGAGUGAGUGAAGGCGGCAAGGACGUUUGUGUGGGUGACGAGGGCAGUCCCCUGAUGUCCGGUUCAACGCAGGUUGGAAUCGUCUCCGCGAGCAGCGGGUGUGGACUACCCGGUUAUCCUGGCAUCUACACCUAUAUUCUCCCUUUGCGCUACUGGAUUUAUGAGAAUGCUGGAGUCUAA